UUGGUCAAUGCUGAGAUAUAGCUUUGUCACCGAAAGACGAGGCCCAAGGUGAAGCUAAUCUUUGUAUAACGUGUGAUCAUUGUCAUUUAAGCAACUUUCUUCACAGUUCUAUGCGCAGAAAUUUACACUGGUCUUGCCAAUAGUAUUUGACAAGAAAAACGCACAUGAUAAGUAUAUUUUAUCAGAGGCAGCCAAGGCGUCAGUCAGUCGUUGCAGAGGAAGUGAUUUAAUAGGGCUGCAGGUGACUGUUUGGGAAUGUUCUGAUAGAUUCAUAGUCUACUAACUUGUGGAUAAUGGGUAAAAGAAGAGGAACCUCUACUGAAGAUGAUAGCAGCGUGAUUCUAGAGUCUCCAGGAAGCAGCCACAAGAAACACAAGAAGCAUAAAAAGAAACACAAGAAAGAGAAGCACCACUCCAGUGAAGAGACAUUUUCAACCGAAUAUGGGAGUCCUGACAAACCUGCCAUUAAACUCAAAAUCAAAAUUGGUAGUCAAACUUUAGGAACAAAAAGUGUAAGCAAGACUUCCCUCAUCACAGAUGUAGCAUCAGGUACUUCUGGUAGUAAAAAGAGCAGGAAUUCUACUCCAUGGGAAGAUGGAAAAGAACCUGUGUUUGCCACUAAGAAGUCUGACGAAGACACUUCAGAUGAAGAGAAACAGUGGUUGGAUGCUUUGGAAAAGGGGGAUCUUGAUGAAUAUGGAGAAGUUAAGAAAAACAAAGACCCCACUCUUAUGACUGCCAGACAGAGAGCUCUUAGAGAAGGUAAACACAAUGAGUCCUUGUGGCAGCCACCAACAGAAUACAAGACAAUCCAGCUGACUGAAGAACAACUACAGAAACGACAACAAAGAGCAAAGAAAAGGAAGCAGCAAGCACAUGAGAAAAAAGAAAAAGCCAAAAAACAAACUGUAGAGAGGUUGUUGAAGAAGCAAGAAAUAAAAGGCAAAGGAAAGACUCGUGGUUCAAGAAAAUCUGAGAUCCCUAGAAUACGAUAUGUGAAUAACCAACAGGUGUGCACUAUAUCAGUGCCCCAGGGUUUCCAGUUUCCAUACCAAACCCAGCUACAGAAACAGCCUCUCCCACCAAGGUCCAGUUGUGGAGUGGAAGGGUGCACAAAUGCAAAGACUUACACUUGCUCCAAGACUGGAGUUCCUCUCUGCAGUUUACAGUGCUAUAAAAAGAACCUCAGUUCACUUCCUGAGACUAAACAAGUUUUAGUGACGUGACAAAUAAGCUGUUCAGUAAUUUUGUGAAAUGGGAGUCAGAGUGAUUUUUGAAAGGGUUUGACAAUUUUUGCAUCCAUCAUUCCUUGUAUCCAGUGUUUGUCAAGCCAUAAUUACUGU